CACAGCUGUUUUGACGUUUCGAAAAGGAAGUGUUUUGUUUAUUAUUAUUAUUUUCUCUCGUUUAACAAUUUAAUUUUUAGCUUCUCUGUUAACACAUUAACAAUACAUAAGUAUAUAAUCAUAAUACCAAAUCGCCGGCGUGUGAAAAUUAUAAAUAAUUUUCGCGAGCGUCAUUUUCCACGUUAUAAACAUAAAUAAUCUCCAAAAUAUAAACAAUUGUUUGAAAAAACAAAUGCAUGCACAGUACACAUUUAAUAUACAUUUGUAUUUAUGUACAUAUGUAUGAAUGUAUGUGUAUUAGUUUAGCUAACUAUGUAUUAACAAAAGAAAUUUUGUUGUGGCAGACGUACGUUAAUUUGCUCACGCUGCGCACCUCAAGGUCAUUUCAUGUACGACUUCGAAUUAUUAUCAAAAUUGUUUAUAAAUACGAAUUAAAUUCAACAACUUGCAAAAAAAAAAAACGCCAGUAUUUAGUAAAGAACGCUAAUAUACAGAUAAGAAUGUUUGUCAACAUGAAAGCUUGUGUUCAAAUCGAUUUAAAAAACGGCAAUUCAUUAUAUUGAUAACAGCUACUUUGUUAAUAAUAACUCUAAUAUUUUUUUCAGACGCUUAUCUUCGAACCGGGUUUGUCAAUUACACUUACAACGAAACCGUUAACGGCUGGCAGAUGUUUUAUUUUUACACUACUAUUGCCUUUAAUGCAAAAAUAUUUUAAAAAUACACAUAUGUAUGUAUGAUUAUAUGGAUGUGCGAAAAACUUAAGUUAUAUUUACCAUGCUGGCUUAAAGCUGUAGAUUGCCUGGAGAUGCAUUACCAGAUUUGAAGCCCAGCGUUUGACAAUAAAGUAAAGACUAUUCGUUCGUGGGCUUACAAUCCAUUGAAAUCCAAUCCGGGACCUUUACAAUAUAUUUGUACUUGGCGUUGUGCUAGUUGAUGAUGGCGAUACAUGCGGAAAUCAUGACUCAAUAACUAUAAAAUAUUGCAAUCUCCAACGAUGAGAUUUAAACUUAAUUGAAUGACUUUUGGGCUUAAGACUUGCGCUCAUGGCGUUCGACCCUGUAGAAAUUUCUAUAGUACUUUCAACUUUCUAUAUGAAUUGCUGAUAAUUUCGGAGUACUACUGGGUGAAGAGUUGUUUAACAUUUGACAUAGCUUUAUACAUAAUUUCUGAAACUUAAACAUACAUACAUAAAUAUUGUCAAAAUUGUGUAUAAAUAUUGCCAGCUAAAACAAUAAUACAAUGUCGAAUUUCAAUAAAAUUUUCAAUAGUACCACCAUCACUGGACGCGCCAAUGUUGCCAAAGCGACUUACGCUUCCUUCGCCUUGUUCUACAUAAUACAUCGCUUACGCAAACGCUCAAAGACUGCGACGCAAUGCAGCGACUGUGAGUGUAAAAAUUGUCACGAUGGAAAAGCCGCAACGGCAGAUCAAUAUGAUAGAGAUGCCAGCGGCAGCGCGUGCGAUGUUGAGACUUGGCGGCGCGCAAUUGACGCAAAUAAGCCGUCAACAGCAAAUACCGGUGGUGCUGUUGGUAAUGAAAGCGGCAUUACGGUGAAUACAGUCGAAGUGGCAGAUGCAGGAAGUGCCGUUAAACGCGAAGUGCACAUUUUGGGGCCCGUAAAUGCGCAUAAGCAGCAGGCAAAAAUGAAAUCCUGCGAUGCCGAUGAUUAAUCGAUAUUUAUACAAUUUUUUUUUAAGGAUUUUUUUAUGAAUUCAAUAUUUUUUCGAGUUUUAACUUGACUUUUCGAUAAUAACUAAAUUUUGAAAACUUAACAAAAAUAAUAAAAAAAAUUUUAACAGCUAAUGAGUAUUAUUAUUAUUACAGUAAAUUUAAAUAAAAAAAUACAUAUGCAUGAGUGCAAAAAAUUUUAUAUUGAAAAAACUGCCAUCAAACUAUAAGGUUCAC